AUGUCAUUUGAUAAGAAGAACUCUGAUAAAUAAGUAGAUUUAUAUGCCUACUUGGAAGAAGAUAAUACAAACGUUUUAGAAACCCCUAAAAAGGUUAGCUCAAGAGAAAAAAAAUUAAAAAUAUUAUAAAAUUAAUUGGGCAUGCUACAAAGCUAAGCCCAAAAUGGUUUCCUUAUGGGAUGUGCAGUAGGUGGUAUGAUGGGUGCAAUUAUUGGUACCUGGGCAGCAAUAAAAACAAGAAAAUUAAUUGUACUUCCACUCUCAAUAGUGUCAUCUGGAGGUUUCUUUGGUUUUAUGAUGAUGUGUGGUUCAAUCAUUAGAACAGAUACAGAAAAUAUUUAUAGCAACAAUAAAAGUCAAUAUUUAUAGAACAACACAGUAUUAGAUAGAAGUAUCAAUAAGGCUUUUUGGGAAAUUAAAUAUGCUGCAAAAUAAGAUUAAUAAAACUGA